AUGGCCCAACUCCCAGGCGCAUCGGCAGUGGUGCCGGCCAUCCAGGCGGCGAUGAUCUUUGCCAUCGCGCUCCAAUAUGGAUGCUACCUGGACUUGGGCACGGCCCUGGCAGUGUCCACUUUCCUCGGCAGCGAGUAUGUGAAGAUGUCUUUGGUCAGCCAUGCCAUCGGAUGGAUCCCCGUCGCAGGGAAUCUAAUAAAGACAGCUCUUUCAGUUGUGAUGACCGAGGGCAUCGGGACGGCAGCCGAGAAGAUGCUCAGCUGUCCUGCUAUGCGCGAGGAUCUCCUAGACAAGGCAUCCCGCGAGGAGCCCUCUGAGACACUUGCUGAGGAGGGUCAAGCCUCGCAAGUCAGGGAGUACUUCCACGUGAUUUCCGAGUUCCUCUCCUCGAGCGAAGUCACCCCCUGGAGCAGCACCACUGCGGCUGCUCGGGAGGUGUGGCAUCGCGUGGAGUCGAUCUUCCGCAAGGAAGACCAGGUGAAACUGCUGGCGAAGGUGCACGAGGUGAGGUCGGAGCGCCGUGGGGUGCGCGGGCGCACCGCGAGAGUCACGCAGGCACGGAAUCCGGAGGACCUCGUGGCCUUGGCCCACAAGUAUAGCUGGAACCUCCAGGUGCUGGAGGCCUCGCUGCUGGCUUUGCGAGAUCGCUUUCCACAUGAACUCGCCUGCACUGAUGUGGAUUCUUUGGCUCGCCGGUUCUGGUCCUCUCAGGCAGAUGGCGAGGUCAAAGCCGUCUCAGCCCCGCACCUGCUGCACUGCUGGUCGCGACUGCCUCUGCCCCGUCGCCGUGCAGCAGCGCUACUGGCCGCGGAGCUGGUGGCCGAAGCCACGCGCAUGGGAGGCCACGCAGCCGUGCUGCCAAGGGCCUUGGACGUUUUGAAGGAGGGAACUCGGCCCCAAGGAGGCGCAGAGCUCUUGGAGGACUUCGGCUUGCCGACGUUUUUGGAGGCUUUGCUGAAGGCUCUAAUGCGCGGCGAGGCUGCGAAGAGCUCCCAGUGGCUGGCUCUGCGGCAUCUGCAGCAGCUGGACUUGAUGGAGAACGUCCCUGGCGCAGAAUCCUGCCUGCCAUCGCUCCACACCGACAUCAAGAAGCUCUUGACGGUCGAUGCCCUUCCAGAAGGCACGGAGACUCCUCAGACCGUGGCGCUGGCUGCCACCAGCAAGGUAGACCCUUUUGCCACACUGGUGGGGCAGCAGUGUGCGGUCAAGAGGCUGAUGCAGUCUCCGGGGUAUGUGCGGCUGCGCAAGAAAGGCAUCCAGCGUCCGGGUGUUCCGUUGGUGCUGCUCAUGACGGGGCCUUCAGGAACAGGGAAGACGAUGGCGGCUCGGACGAUGGCUGAAGUCAUCCACGGAAGGCCCAUCCAAGAGCUGGAGGCAUCGGGUCGCUUCAGGCUCUUCCCAAUGCCUCUCGACAUGCAGAAAGAGCCGAGGAAGACCUUCUUCGGGCCGCCCCGUGGCAUCCAGGGCUCUGGCGACCUCCCUGACCUUGUGAGACAGCACCCGGAUGCAGUGAUCGUACUUGAUGAGAUCGAGAAGGCACAUUCGGACUUCGCAAGGGCGUUGCUGACUGUCUUCGGCGAGUAUGGGACCGUCUACGAUCCCCGAACAGGACGGGACUAUCCGGCAGCCAAUGCUACCUUUAUCCUCACGAGCAACCUCGCGAAAGACCUGAUUCUCAAACAUCCGGUCUCGGUUGCCAAGAGCCAGGGCCGUGCCGUAGAAACCUGGCAGAAGCUCCCUUUGGGUGUGGACGGCGACCCAGAUUGUGCUGGCUACGCAAAGCUUCGCGAUGCCGUGGAUGCGGAGCUGAGCCAUCCCCCGGCCAUCGACAGAGAGCACGGCUUCUUCCGCGAGAGCGAGAUCCGGGGCCGCCUGACGGACGUGCUGCCCUUCCUGCCCUUCAGCCCUCGCGAGGUGGAGCAGGCCGUCCGCGGCUUCCUGGCCUCCGAGUCCAAAGCCUUCUCGCAGCACCCGGGCUUUUCAAACGUGGAACUGGCCUGGAGCCCAGAGGUGGUUCGCUACUUCGCGAACCUUUACCUGAAAAAGCCCGACGAGGGGCUCCGUGCCGUGAACAAGGAGCUGCAAGCUCAGGUGCGGGAUCUGCUGGAGCGCUCCAUCGAGGCCGGUUUGGUGGCGCGGGGCGCCAUCGCCGCUCUUCGUUUGGAUGAAGGCCAGUGCAGCAAGGAGGCGCGCCUCGACUUGCGCGCUGUCCUCCGCGCAGAACCAGUGCAAGCAGGGCCAGAGACAGCUGCCCUCCAAGCUGCCGAGUCCGCAGAGCCAAAAGACGAGGAGACCUCGGACUACUUCUUUUCUACAGUCACCGCCCUUCUGUCCGGUGAGUGGAUUGUCAACGAAUCCUCAUGGAGCUGGACAAGCCCAGAGAAGCCCGCGAGGAGCGAAACGGGGUGGGAUUGGCAAUACGACUGGGAGUGGCAGCCGGACUUGGAGUGGCAUAGUGAGUGGGACUGGCAGCGCGUCUGGGAGCGCCUCUUCUUGAUUCUGUGGGAGUGGCGCUUUCCCCUCGUGGUCACAGCCACGCUGCUUAUCGUCGUUGCCUCUGCUGGAAUGGCAGCACCAGUGGCCGCGCCUGCCGCCACGGUUUCUGCAGGCGCAGCCGCAGCCCCUGUGUUUGGUGCCGCUGGCGGUUCGGCAGCUGUGGGCGCGACCGCCGCUGCUGUAAGCUCCUGGAUGUUGGUGACGGGCAGCUCGGCUUCUGUCGCCGUUCCCGGUCUGACGUUCUAUUAUGCCUGGAAGAAUCGGCACUAUGUCGAAGCCGCCAUUUUUGCUGCUUUGUCCCUGGCGCUUUGCCCCUAUGCAUGGCGGGUCUACUGUGCAGCCUCGAGCCUCGCCAAGCAGGCUCAGGGGCUCUGGGCUCUUUUGGGAACAUCUGAGCUGCUUUGCCCUUUCCCGGAUGCCGUGCAGAUGGCACCAAAGCCGCCGAAGCCGCUUUCUUCGAAAGCUCCGCAGAAGAUCCGAGGAGCGAAGACGAAGCUCCCCAGAGGAGACUUCAAGCUGAAGCUGACGGCACAUCCCAUCGAAAUGGCGUCUCCCCUUGAAGCAGGUGCCGUCGGACCUGGCAGCGCUGCUACGUCCGACGAGAAAGUCGAGAACGAGCCUACCGGCGGUGACGCUGUCCAGGGAGGAGCGAGGGAAGCUUCGCAAAGCCCUGAAGGCCCCGCAGUGACAGGCGCCAACGCCGCCAGCUCUCAGAGUCCGACCGAGCAGCCCGGCUUGAAGGGUUUGCCUGUGUUUGUGGGGCCCCCAGCCGGCUCCGAGUGCAUGGAGAAGGAGCAAGAGGAAUCGCGAAAAACCGAGGAGGAAGAGCUGGAUGAGGUGGAGGAAGAAGAGGGACAGGAGCAGGAAGAGGACUAG